AUGCAGCGCUACAUUGUCACCAAGCUUGGAGAAGAUUGGAUCUUCUUAGUUCUGCUUGGCCUCAUGAUGGCGCUAGUGAGCUGGGGUAUGGACUAUGUCAGUUCCAGGAGUCUGCAGGCCUAUAAGUGGAUGUUCCUGGAGCUAAAAGGCAAUGUUCUGCUGCAGUACCUGGCCUGGGUCACCUAUCCCGUGGUCCUUAUCGUGUUUGCUUCACUGUUCUGUCAUCUUGUCGCUCCGCAGGCAGUGGGCUCAGGGAUUCCCGAGUUGAAGACGAUUCUAAGAGGCGUGGUCCUCAAAGAGUAUCUGACCCUCAAAGCCUUUGUGGCCAAAGUGGUCGGGUUGACCGCGGGACUGGGCAGCGGCAUGCCGUUGGGGAAAGAGGGUCCGUUUGUCCACAUCGCCAGUAUCUGUGCCGUGGUUCUCAGCAAAAUCAUGUCAAUCUUCUCAGGGGUGUACGAGAGUGAGGCCCAUCGCCUCGACCUGCUUGUGUGCGCUGGCGCAGUGGGUGUAGGCACAUGCUUUGCAGCGCCGUUGGGAGGUGUCUUGUUCAGUAUCGAGGUCACGUCCACGUACUUUGCUGUCAGAAAUUACUGGCGGGGUUUCUUCGCUGCCACGUUUAGUGCCUUCAUAUUCCGGGUUCUGGCUGUCUGGAACAAAGAUGCAGUAACGAUCACUGCCCUUUUCCAAACAAACUUCCGAAUGGAUUUCCCCUUUGACCUCCAAGAAUUGCCUGCAUUUGCCAUCAUUGGGAUAUUGUGUGGGUUCCUCGGUGCCUUCUUUGUGUAUCUGAAUCGGCAGGUGGUUGUCUUCAUGCGAAGACAAACGGUGUUAACACGCUUCCUGACAAGAUA